AGGGCGGUCCGUCAGCUGAGACCGGAAUCGCUAGCAGGAGCUGAAUGACCUGAGAAGGUCUCCGGCCUUGUGCGAGUGCUGUACGGUGAGCGUGGCGGUAAACUUUCAGAAGCUGUCGUUAUCGCGGAACACAGCGAUGUUUAAGUGCAAGACAGUGUGGAAUAAACUGGCUCCGCUGGCCCGGGCCUCCUCCACGUUGUGUCUGCAAAAUACAAGGAAAUCAGUGCUGAAACAUGGGAGAAGACUGGAGAUCAUGCAGAAGGCCCAGAUGUCAUCGGGGGCCACAGGAGGGGGCGGAGAGAACACCCUUUAUUUUGUUCUGGUUGGAGCAACAUUUCUGGGAGCAGGUGUUUAUACCUACCGCACUGUCUCGAGAGACAAGGAAAGGUAUAAUGAGCGAAUGAUGCAAAUUGCCAGAACAAAACAAGGGCUAGAGGCAGCUAAGGCUGCAGCUGUAGUUGUGGCAAAACCAAAAGAAGACCCCAUUGCCGAAGCGUCCGCCGUGGAACCCGCUCCUGCGGAAGAACCUAUUGUAACAGAACCCAUUGUGGAGUCCUCCAUAACCGUACCCGUUACUGAGCCCGUGCCAGAACCUGCCGUGGAACAAGCCGUAUCUGAAGCUCCAGAAGUGAUAAAGAGUGAAGAACCCAUAGCUCCUUUAGUUGAGAGUGCAGAGCCCACAUCUGUAACCAUCGCUGAACAUGUCCCAGAGAUUACACCCGUUUCCGAGAGUGCUGCGACUCCUGAACCCGCUUCUGCUGCUGUGCCCCUUGAACCCACCGCUGCUCAUCCAGAUGUCCCUGAACACGCCUCCUAUCUGCUGAUAGGUGGAGGCACGGCUUCAUUCGCUGCAGCUAGAUCCAUUCGGGCACGUGACCCUGGUGCCAGGGUGUUGAUCAUUACUGAAGAAUCUGACCUGCCCUACAUGAGACCCCCUCUCUCUAAAGAACUGUGGUUCUCCGAUGACCCCAAAGUCACAGAAACGCUGCACUUCAAACAGUGGAACGGCAAAGAGAGGAGUAUCUACUUCCAGCCUCCCACAUUCUACGUCGAUCCCAUAGAUCUUGCUAAGGUGGAGAAUGGGGGUGUGGCUGUUCUCACUGGUCGUAAGGUGGUUCACAUGGACGUAAGGGAAAAUAAAGUCAAACUAAGUGAUGGUGCUGAGAUUUCUUAUGAUAAGUGCCUCAUUGCCACAGGUGGGGUGCCUAGAAACCUGCAAGUGGUUGAAAGGGCAGGAGAGGAGGUGAAGAAGAGGACAACCCUCUUUAGGAAAAUUGAGGAUUUUAGAUCUCUAGAGAAGAUCUCCCGAGAGGUGAAAUCCAUUACAAUCAUUGGUGGAGGAUUUCUGGGGAGCGAGCUGGCAUGUGCCAUCGGUCGCAGAUCCACUGAUAUUGGUUUAGAGGUGAUCCAGAUGUAUCCAGAGAAGGGGAACAUGGGAAAAGUUCUUCCUGAAUACUUGAGUAACUGGACCACUGAGAAAGUCAGAAAAGAGGGAGUGAAUGUAAUGACCGAAGCGGUGGUGAAAAAUGUGACCUACAAAGAUGGCAAACUUGAGAUUAAACUGAAGGAUGGACGACAUGUGACAACAGACCACAUUGUGGCAGCAGUUGGUUUGGAGCCCAGCGUGGAGCUCGCCAAAUCAGCCGGUCUGGAGGUGGACUCGGAUUUCGGAGGGUACCGGGUGAAUGCUGAGCUCCAGGCCCGCUCCAAUAUCUGGGUGGCGGGAGAUGCUGCUUGUUUCUAUGACAUCAAAUUGGGCCGACGGCGUGUGGAGCAUCAUGAUCAUGCUGUGGUCAGUGGCCGAUUGGCUGGAGAGAACAUGACAGGAGCCAACAAACCAUACUGGCAUCAGUCCAUGUUCUGGAGUGAUUUGGGGCCAGAUGUGGGGUAUGAAGCCAUCGGUAUAGUGGACAGCAGUCUGCCAACCGUAGGAGUGUUUGCUAAAGCCACAGCCAAGGACACACCAAAAGCUGCCACAGAACAAUCAGGUACUGGAAUCCGCUCAGAGAGCGAGACUGAGGAAGUCGCAUUAACAGUGAAAGCCGGAGCUCCUGCCCCUCCUAACCAGCAGAAAGAAGAUUAUGGAAAAGGGGUGAUUUUCUACCUGAGGGACAAAGUGGUGGUUGGUGUCGUCCUGUGGAAUGUCUUCAACAGAAUGCCCAUCGCAAGGAAGAUAAUCAAAGAUGGAGAAGAGCAUGCAGAUCUGAAUGAGGUGGCCAAGCUUUUUAACAUCCAUGAAGACUGAGCCGUCUCAGUUUCUCUUAUUUUCUCUGUCCACUCUGUCAAGGGAACUCGGCUUACAUCUAUGUGGAGUGAACUUGUUAAAAGACACACGCACACAAAUCAAAAACAAACAAACGCAGGCUUAACACCGGCCUGUCAGCGGCUAUAAUGGCCUUGAACUCUGAGACUGUGACAAACAGUGCAGCUUCCAAGCCGCAAGGUGGUGCUGUGGUUUCAUUGUGCUCGUGGAUUGAUUAAAUUUGUAUCGACUUUCUUCUACUGAACAAAAUCUACACUCUUUGUAUUUAAAGUUUGCGUUCUGUAUGUUUGUUGUUGUGGUCCGUAAAUCUCAACUCCUGAAUGCAGCCUGUCAGAAAAUCAGAUUGGGAGAUCAACUUUCAAAAUAGUUUAAUAAAUAUGCGUUACAAACAAACAAAACUAUUGACAAAUUUGUCUGACAGCUGGUAACGUAGUGUUUUAUGCUAUCUGCAAGAUCAAAGCAGCUGGUUCAGAUUGAAAAGCAUAAAUGAAGAUUUAUUUAGCCAUGUCUGAAUUUGAUUUUCAACCCUUUUAACCAUUCAAAAAAGCUAGAGUUAGCUUGAUUUCGAUGUCCACCGUACCUAGGAUUGUCAGAGGAAAUUUCCAGAAUAUUCCUCCUCCUUAUUUGCCCGAUGUGGAUGUAACCCUGAGGCUUUGACAUAUGUAAAAAGGCAUCUCAAUAUGUUAAGACUCAUUACACCUGUGACUGCCAGCAAACAUCUUUCGUCAUGACAGACGCGACCUAUUUCCUUACGCACCGGCGCUCUGAUUCACAGGUCAGAGUCAUAGAAACUUACUCACCGUGACGUCUUUGCACAUUUUUGCUCUUCUUGAAGUUUUUCACCAUGUACAUAAUACAACUUGACCACUCGUCACAAGAGCAAAAUGUGUGCGUGGAUCAGAUUUUAAAGCAAGGCUAGCCCUUUCAUCACUUUUUGCUUAUUUUUCCAGGGUAAUUUGUAAUGUUGAUGUAUUUCGAUAGAUCACAAUGACUGGCGUCUGUAGAUUCAUUCAGUUUUGGGCUCCAAAAAUAUGAGCAGUUUUUGUUUCUGGUAUAAUAAAUAUCCUCAGGACUGUAAUCUUCCCUAAAAGCAUAAUGAAUAGGGUUGAUGUUAGUGACCCCUCCCUCAGGGAUCUCCUAUUCUCACUUGAGACUGCCUGAAUAAAUGUGCUGAAAUAUG